AGCUCUGAGUCAACAUCCAACGGUGAAUGAUGACCUGCCAAAUCGUAUAAUAUCUGGCUUGGUGAAGGUGAAAGGAAACGUGAAGGAAUUCACAGAAACGGCUGCCAUAUUUGACGAUGGCUCCAGGGAGGACCACGUGGAUGCUGUCAUCUUUGCCACAGGCUAUACCUUUGCCUUCCCUUUUCUUGAAGAUUCUGUCCAAGUAGUCAAAAACAAGAUUUCCCUAUAUAAAAAGGUCUUCCCUCCAAACCUGGAAAAGCCAACUCUUGCAAUCAUAGGCUUGAUCCAGCCCUUGGGUGCCAUUAUGCCCAUUUCAGAGCUGCAAGGACGCUGGGUCACUCAAGUAUUUAAAGGGCUAAAGACAUUGCCCUCACAAAGUGAAAUGAAAGCAGAAAUAACUAAGGCUCAAGAGGAAAUUGCUAAAAGGUAUGUG